AAUUCGUCUAAAAUUUAGAAGUCGCAGUGAGGGUGAACCCGCUGGGCUAGAGAAGAAUAAAGAUGUAGAGUAACCUGGAAACGACGAGGAAUGGGUGACGGAGUUUUUGGAAGACGACAAUGAGGCCAUACAAUUUUUUGGCUGAGCUAACUUUUGGCGAUAUGGCAACGGCUAAUGAAAUUCUGAAGAGAGCAGAAAAGGAUAAUGCUACGUUUGACGCCUCUCUUCCCGAGAGGAAAAAGUCCAGGAAAGGGGUUAUUACGGAUUGGGAGGAGUCGAUAGGGGAAUUGGAAGAGGCCCUGGUUCCAGGACAACCAGAAUGUACUUUCGAGCGAUUAAAGAAGAAGGUUAUUAAGGACGGUAAAUCUGAGUGGGUGGAGGAAAUUCUAGCCACCUUCAAAGGAGACCAGUUACCAAGGGAACUCUGGAUAGGACAGGGUCAUGUCAGUGUGAGAGUUUUCCCAUUUAUAGAAGCUGUGAAGCAAUGCUAUCGAUGCUUUGCAUUCGGACAUAUACAAGCACAGUGCAGGAACCGAAAUAGGAGGUGCAUAAGGUGCCUUGAAAACGAACACGGUACUUGUGAUAGGCCCGUUAAAUGCUUGAAUUGUGGUGGAAAUCACACCAGCCUUGCCAAGGUGUGCUGGAAGUUUCAGAGGGAGAAAGCAGUUAAGAAGGUGAUGGCAUAUCGUAACGUUGCAUAUGCCACGGCCAGGGAUAUGGUAUCUAACCAGUUAGGAGAACGUGGAAUUUUUGAAGAUGACGGUGAUUGGAGGGACGGCUCCAGGGAUUUCCCUGCCUUGACAAUGAGAAACAAGAUGAAGUCAUCAGAAUAUUGGGAAAAGUUUGAAGUGUCUUUGGAAAAUGAAUUGCAGGCCAUUAAGGAAUCUAGAGCGCCAGUUGCUCCCCAGGUGGAGGCCAUCAGAGGGUGGGAAACCAUUGCCGAAAAUAUGAGAAAAGAUCAAACUGAACCCCCAAGAGGGAGGGGGCGUGGCAGGUUAAAUCUGGUUGUGGAGGGUGACCCUGUGAAAACGCGUGAAAGGCUUGUCAGAAGGAAGUUGAUUGAAUUGGAGAAAGAGAAAUGGGAAAAUCGUUAUGCUACUCUCCAACCGGAUUCGGAUCCAGAGGACGACGAAGCAGAAUACACAUUUGGGCAUGGUGAAUUAGAGAAAGCGGCUAUCAAAAAAAUAAGCAGAAAAAUGGAGCAGAGGGCCAACAGAGCGCUUAUCGAACAACUGAAAAAACAGAGGGAGGAGGAGUUCUUCGUGGAUCUUUUGAACCUCAUAGCGGACCGAGGUUUUGAAAAUGAGGUGGAAAAAAUCCUUAGGAAAAGAAAGUAUGGUAAGCCUCCCACGGAGGAGGAGGAGGUUGAAUAUUGGAAUACGCGGCACCGACCUGAUUGGUCAGUUCCCACCCCGGCUAAAACCCAGGCUAAGAUAGAUCGGAAGAAAGCCCUCAACGCGGCUAAAGAGCAAGAAAGACUACGUCUGCAAAAAGAAUGGGAGGACAGCCUACCUGGUCCUUCUUACGCCAGGAGAGAGAGGGAAAGGGAGGAAGCAGAGGCGACCCGGGAGGAAGAGAGGUCCCGUCAGCGGAUGGAAGCUAUCAAAAAUGGCCCCUUCGGUCACAUCUUUGGUCAGAACAGAGUGGAACAGCCGGAUAAGGCUCUUAAGUGGCCAAUGGGUACCGGUUAUGGCGGUUAUUGGUUUGGUGUUGUAUUUUGGUUCGGUGUUUGGUGGGGCGUUGUUAUGAGUGCUGGUUUAGGUUAUGUUAAGCAAAACCUGGUGGUCUGUGACCACGGACGCAUUUUUGUACUUGGAAUGAUGAAUGGGUUAUGGAAUGGUUGUAAGAAGUUUUGUGUUUUUGGAAUUUUACUUUGUAUAAGAUAUUGGAAUAAUGUAUUUCUUUACCGGUUUCUUUUGGAAGGUGAGAGACACGUGAGAAGCGAGGUUAGGGUAAGAAAAGAGAAAUCAAGCAUAACGGCGGAGAUUGUAAUUAGAAACUUUAUUGUCUUUUGUGAUGUCCUGUUUUUCUCAAAACUUUAUAAUAAAUCAUAUAUCAUUUUGUAGGCGAAGAUUUUUACUACCCUGUGUAUCCGUCCUGAAAAGGAGAAGUGAUGGAAGUAGAGACAGACGAGGGCUCCUGCCCGAAGGAGGUCCCGUUGGUUGGUAUGUAAUGUUUAA